AUGGGUUCGGUCCGUAGUAUGGAUCCAGCCGAGGACUAUGCCCAGCGUUAUCUUCGCCAGGCUGCGGCUCAAGUAAUUGAAAACACUGGUUUCUCCCACUGCAGCGAAAGUGCCUUAAAUAUUAUCUCUGAUCUCACUCGCCGUUUCAUGGAAAAGUUGUGGUAUGAUGGGAAACUUUUUGCUGAACAUGGUAAGUUUUUUUAUGGUAAUGAUGCUCACAUGGUCCUCCAAAAAUUGCAGUUAAGGACAACAGAAUUGAGCGAUUACAUGAAACAAGUUGCAAGUCACCCAAUCAGUCACAAGGUGCCGCAUUUCCCGGUUUCAAGAAAUACCUCAAGGAGCAUAUACGGUUCAGUUUCUGAUCGGGAACUGGCAGAUCGUCCUGAACAUAUUCCUUCGUAUUUCCCUGCAGUGCAUCCUGAGUGGGAAAAACGCAAAGACGAGCCAUUAUUAUGGAAGGAAAAGCCUCAGAAAACUGAUGAGAAAUCGCGGUUGGAAAACAAAAAAACUGACCGGGAAAAGAGGAAAGAUCGGGACAGAGAAUGUGAAAAAGAAAGAGAUUUUAGCAGGGAAAAUGGAAGGACGUAUGAUUCUGAAAAGGAACGUUUGAAGGAUUACGAGAAGAAGGAUGUUGUGAGGUUAAAAGAAAGAGACCGGAAGGAGAAGACUGAUCAGGUCUUGUUUCAGCGAAGUUUUGUGGCUGAUGAUGAUGACGUCUGGAUAUGCCCUGAGUGUUCCGUUGCAUACGUAGAUGGUGCGACCGACAUGGUGUGUUGCGAUGGUUGUGAUAACUGGUUCCACUGGAGUUGUGUGGGGUUGUUCGUUGCUCCGCCAGAAAAUACGGAUUGGUUUUGCCAGGGGUGUAUCAAGAAAAAAAGCGUCAAACGCGUUAGUAUAUCUGGAAAAGUUGGAAGUACUGCUAAGAGACCGAAGAAGGUAGUGUAG